AUGGAAAGGCAAUUUGAAACCUCGGCUUUGAAGACCCCUUUUCACGGUCCCCGCCUUCACGACCGCACACCAGGCCCGGCCGGUUGCCGAGCAACGGCAGGCCGUGUCCCGCAGAGGGAGCUGACCCCCGGCUGCGGGGUUAGUGCGUGUUCACGUCACCACGUCGGUGGAGAGGACGGGGGGGAGCGGAUGCUGGGGGGAGCGGAUGUCGGCGGGUCGCGGCCGACGAUGAGCCGGACGGGCGGCGGCGGCGCCGGGCUCCUCCUCUGUGGCCUCACUCACUGUGUGCUCGGUGGUCUGCUGGCCCUUGGAAAUGUGAGCUUGACUUCUAAGAACUUCAGCCUUCUUUUGACCUGGGUACCUGAAGAACGUUCUCCUGAAAUCUUGUACUUAACAAAGAUAAAGCCCUCUGAUGUUUGGCUUUCUUUCCCUAACUGCACCAAUCUGUCUGGAGAAGGCUGUGAUGUUACAUGCACUAUUGAAGACUGCUAUAGAAAUUAUCAAGCCAAAGUUGGACGCAUUGUGCCUGGGCAUCCCACUGCUUGGAGCCUGUCCAGACAGUUUUAUCCGUUUUUUGAUUUGGAGCUAGGUGCACCUCAACUGCAAGUAGUUUUGAAAGAAAAAUCCGUACUCGUGCUGCUUAAAAUUAAAUUAGCAGCGUGCAAAGAAAAGGUGUUGAAAGCGUGUCUGAUUGAUAACUUGAGCUACGAAGUGGAAUUCUGGAAUGCAGAUGAACGUGUCAAACGACCAAUUAAACAAAGCUCAACUGAGAACAAAAUAGAAAUUAAAAAAGAUCGCUUGCGUGGCAGUAAUAAUUGUGUAUCUGCAAGAUCUGUUUACAAGAGUACAAUGAAACAGAGCAAUUUCUCUGAACCGGUUUGUUUCAAUCUUAAGGCCAAAGGACACCAGACUGCUAUGAUUUUUGCCAUCCUGGUCUCUUUGCUGGGAAUGUUCAUUCUGAUACCCAUAAUUGUGGUCAAAGUGAAAAAAAAAACAUCAGGACUGAAGAUCCCAGAAGCCUUGGAUUUCACAAAGAACAUAACUUUUACCCAGAUGGAAGAUUACCAGCCAGUUGAAUGCAGUUUGCUAUAUGUUAUUCACUGUAACAAAAAUGAAGAAAUGAAUGAAGAAAAAACUGUCCUCGAAAGAAAUAUUCGGCAGGAAAAUAUCAAAACCAGUGUUUUGGGUGAUCUGGACUGUUCAAGUGAGAGUGAUGAGGAAAAUGAAUGUUCCGAUUACACUGAGAAUCACUGGAUUCCUGAUGGAAUGAUCUUUGACGAAGAUGAAACACUUGAUGAUGAUUUCCAUCAGACAUCUAAUACAGAACCAUAUCAAAAAGCAAAUUGCUCUUUCACUUCUAGUCACAUUGCUAUUGACAUCCAGAGUCAAGACUCUGAUUGCUCUAGUCAUCAAGCACUUCAGACUAAAUUAUAUGCUGGUGAUGCCAGUUCUUCCAGUGUUACUUCAGUGGUGCUUAACAGCCAAAACUACAGUGACAGUAUUGGUCUGCUUGAGGAUGGUGAUAACAGCAACAAUGGUGAUAUUCCCUUAACAUCUGUGAAGUUACUCAUUUGUAAUGGGGAGUAUGAUGAUGGUACUGAUCUGUUACCUUAUAACCCAUCAGUACUUGAUCAUGAUUUGAACUUUCAAGACAAUGUAGCCUUUGAGCUUGUGUCCAACCCUACUUGCCUUUGUGAAGUGUAGGGAAACAGGCAAACGGGUUCCUAAUAUAUUUUGUAAAUUUACAAGAAAGAUACCAGGAGUUUGGAACCCCCUACAAAGCUCAAGUAUGGACAGUUUUCAUUGUAAAUUUGUAAUUAAUAGUACCUUAUUACUCAGAAGUAUUGAGAGAAGGUGAGUAGUGACUACAUGGUGUUGGCUUGCAUCAGCCAUGAUGUUGAACGGUGGAACAGGCUCAGGGUGUUACUGCCCCUGCUAUCCUGUUGAGUGUAUUAAUCAGUGUAUUGUCGGCACUAUUCAGUAAUUAUAAAGUUGCCAGUUCACAUUGAAGCUUAACGAAAGUUAGUAUUUUAAAAUUAUUUCAAUAGUCCAGACAUACAAGUAUUACACUAUUUUUUUAAAACUUUUUUAAAUAUUAAAGAACAUUUCUAGAAAAUCUGGUCAUUAUGUUAUUAUUAAUAAAUGUGGAUUCCCUAAA